CCCCGCCUCGGCUCCGCGCCCUCUCCCCGCUCUCAGCCGCCGCUCUGCCCCGCAGCAGCCAGCCCCGUCCCCGCCAGCAUGUUUAGCUGGGUCAGCAAAGAUGCCCGCCGCAAGAAGGAGCCGGAGCUCUUCCAGACGGUGGCCGAGGGGCUGCGGCAGCUGUAUGCGCAGAAGCUGCUGCCCCUGGAGGAGCACUACCGCUUCCACGAGUUCCACUCGCCCGCGCUGGAGGACGCUGACUUCGACAACAAGCCCAUGGUGCUCCUUGUGGGCCAGUACAGCACGGGCAAGACCACCUUCAUCCGGCACCUGAUCGAGCAGGACUUCCCGGGAAUGCGCAUCGGGCCCGAGCCCACCACCGACUCCUUUAUCGCGGUCAUGCACGGCCCCACCGAGGGCGUGGUGCCGGGCAACGCGCUGGUUGUCGACCCGCGGCGUCCCUUCCGCAAGCUCAACGCCUUCGGCAACGCCUUCCUCAACAGGUUCAUGUGUGCCCAGCUGCCCAACCCGGUCCUGGACAGCAUCAGCAUCAUCGACACUCCCGGGAUCCUGUCUGGAGAGAAGCAGCGCAUCAGCAGAGGGUACGACUUCGCCGCCGUGCUGGAGUGGUUCGCCGAGCGGGUGGACCGCAUCAUCCUGCUCUUCGACGCCCACAAGCUGGACAUCUCAGACGAGUUCUCUGAGGUCAUCAAGGCCCUCAAGAACCACGAGGACAAGAUCCGCGUGGUGCUGAACAAGGCGGACCAGAUCGAGACCCAGCAGCUGAUGCGGGUCUACGGGGCCCUCAUGUGGUCCCUGGGCAAGAUCAUCAACACUCCCGAGGUGGUCAGGGUCUACAUCGGCUCCUUCUGGUCCCACCCGCUGCUCAUCCCCGACAAUCGCAAGCUCUUUGAGGCGGAGGAGCAGGACCUCUUCAAAGAUAUCCAGUCUCUGCCCCGCAACGCUGCUCUCCGGAAGCUCAAUGACCUCAUCAAGCGGGCGCGGCUGGCCAAGGUCCACGCCUACAUCAUCAGCUCCCUCAAGAAGGAGAUGCCCAAUGUGUUUGGGAAAGAGAGCAAAAAGAAGGAGCUGGUGAACAACUUGGGAGAGAUCUAUCAGAAGAUCGAGCGGGAGCAUCAGAUCUCCCCUGGGGACUUCCCGAGCCUCCGCAAGAUGCAGGAGCUCCUGCAGACUCAGGACUUCAGCAAGUUCCAGGCCUUGAAGCCCAAGCUGCUGGACACGGUGGACGACAUGCUGGCCAACGACAUCGCCCGGCUCAUGGUGAUGGUGCGACAGGAGGAGUCCCUGAUGCCCUCCCAGGCCGUGAAGGGCGGCGCCUUCGACGGCACCAUGAACGGGCCCUUCGGGCACGGCUACGGCGAGGGCGCCGGCGAGGGCAUCGACGACGUGGAGUGGGUGGUGGGCAAGGACAAGCCCACCUACGACGAGAUCUUCUACACCCUGUCGCCUGUCAACGGCAAGAUCACGGGCGCCAACGCCAAGAAGGAGAUGGUCAAGUCCAAGCUGCCCAACACAGUGCUGGGGAAGAUCUGGAAGCUGGCCGAUGUGGACAAGGACGGGCUGCUGGACGACGAGGAGUUUGCCCUGGCCAACCACCUCAUCAAAGUCAAGCUGGAGGGCCACGAGCUGCCCGCUGACCUGCCUCCACACCUGAUCCCACCCUCCAAGCGGAGGCACGAGUGACCGCCCUGAGUGACCGCCAGCGCGGCCCCCUGGGGGGGAGGGGCCAUAAAGACUGAGCCGCGGUUCCUCGGCUCUUGCGAAGGAAAACCACCAUCUUUCUUUUCAGGCUGUUCCCGGGCCCAGCAGGGAGGCGGGUGGUACUUGUAUGUGAAUGAUGGAAUUUUGUGCACAAGAACUAUGGAUAUUUUUAAUAUAUAACGUUAGAGGCAGCGUUCUUUCUUGCCUCCUCCGUCUGACAGCCCCACACACGUGAGCCCCUGUCCUCCCUGCCUCCGGCUCUACUGUACAGCACAUGCCCUCCCCCCGCAGCUGUGGGGGACCCCGCGGCCAUGUGUAGACAGGAGCCCCAGCAUUCCCACUGGUUUCUAAGCUGAGUGCCGCUUUGCUGAGCCCUUGGCUCCUUCCCUGUCCAGCUCUGCCCCCUCCCCACGCUCCCGGAAUAAGCUGGUCUGGUGCCUUCCACCUCGCCCUCCCGGGAAGCCCUCAUGCGUGGACCCUGCUCUUCGCUCUCACAUCUCCCCCCACCCUAGCUUGAAAGUCACAGAAACAAGCCCAGCUCCCAUUUUUAUGAGCUCCAGGGAAUGAGGAGGGAUGUGAGAACGUCCCUCAGAAAAACAUAAGCUACUUUUGUUCUGUGAAGUGACACCUUUCCUACUUGACUGAAUUUUCCAGUAACUUUGCAACUAGGGGCAUCUCCACCCAGGAACCAUGGGAUGUGGAGAGCACACCCUGUCUGGGACCCCAGGGUUUCCUGCUUCUCCCUUUCACUCUCUUGGAACAUUCUGGUGUCCCUCCUCCCCUACCUCGGAUGGGUGGUGGCCUCCAUGAGUCUGGCCUGGCUUGGUGCUCCAGCCCGGGCCUCACGUCCAGACAUCAGAGACCAGGGACAACCCGCCCUUUCCUGCUCCUCCAUUCAUUCCCCACCGAAGCUCUCUCCUCCCUUCUCCCCUCGAGCAAAAAAGGGCAGUGGGUGUCUCGGAUGCCCUGAGAAUCACAUCCCUCUGGGCUAAGGGAUGGGACUGGAGACAGUGAGCAGAGCAGCCGGGGCAGGCCGCCUCUCGGCUUUCCCUUGGCUGGGCUCUCCCAGCAUGGGGGGGUAGCCAGGACGCACCCCACUCACUGGCUUCCUGCUGGAGCCACGGGCAGGGGAGCCCGCAUCCCACCAGGCACCCCCCGCCCAGGCCAGGUCUCAGGGACUCCUCCAUCGGACCUCUUCUGUGCCCCCUGACCCCAGCCCCCCAGUGCUGCUCCCCGGGCUCCCGCAGGGUCUGAGUUACCUGCGCUGGCUUCGGCCCAGCAGUGUGUGCAGUAUCAGCUGAGGGCCGCGGCGGCCUCCUGGUUGCGAAGUUGCCGUGAGGGGCCCUAGCUCAUCCCCACCUGCCUAUGGCAAGGAAAAGCAACGGAAGAUGGCGCUUUUUUUUUUCUUGCAUUAAAAAACAGGUUGACUUGCA